AUGCGCCCCUGUACCGCCUCCUCAUGCUGCUGCCAGGCCUGUAAUCUGCCAUGGGCCCCCCGUACCGACUCCUCAUGCUGCUGCUGCCAGGCCCGUAAUCUGCCAUGGGCCCCUGUACCGCCUCCUCAUGCUGCUGCCAGGUCCAGAGUGUGUCAUGGGUCCCUGUACGGCCUCCCAUUGCUGCUGUCUCUAUCGCCACACUCUGCCAUGUGCCACUUUCAGGUCUCCUCACACUGCUGGUGGUUUCCAUUUUUGUCAUAGGGUGCUGUAUGGCCUCCCAUUGCUGCUGCCUCCACCGCCACACUGUGGCUCCACACUCUGGUUUUGGCCCCGUGACUGCCCAAAUGAGUGAAGUGUGCGGUGAUUCUAAGAUCGACGGCACUCAUCUGCAUGUCAUACUGCCUGACAGUAUUAUUUCUCUUCCCCAGCAGACUCCAAGGGCAUUUAAAUUAAAGGUACAGUGUUCAGCACUAAUAUUA